AGUAAAAAAUCGCCUCUUGAAAAAAAAAACAUGUUUGAUCCGCGAGUGCGAAAAUACCCUGGGAUGGACAGAGCGGAGCCGGUUUCUGUGAUUUCCCUUCGAUCACUAUGCCUUCAUGCUGCCGCUUCCCAACAGACGGCUCCAGUCAAAUUCUGGUUCCAAUCAUUUGGGGGUGUCAAGGCUAAGAUGGAAUAUCAGAGCAAUGCACGCACAAAUUCCAGAGCGAUUGUCCUGGUGCACAUGAUGACGGGCAACACCGAAAGCAGCCAGGGAUCGAUGAGGGACGAUAAUCUUACCAUCAACAAGCGGGUGAAAAGCAGAUCAAUUGCUACGGAAGAUGAACGGCCGGUGGACCCAAAAGUUUGGUUCUGCCUUUUCCACCAAUUCUGGAAGUCCCCACCAAGUCCCACAGGUUAUUACGGUUACUGUGAACCGUUGUGACGGCAAAGAUGACAUUUCUCAGCAGGAAAAACAAAAUUAAAUGGAAUCAAAAUUCCAGGUAAAUGGUUUGUAGUUUUUGUAAACGAUUUUCUUUGCGCCCCCAGGUUUGUCAUUGCCGCCAAACCUCACCGGCACAAAAAAGGACGGAAGCGUACCGUUGCUGGCCGCAGUUCCUGCUUCCGGCUAAAGUAGAUGCGCUGGACAA